GGACGGAACUCUGUAACAAAAAUAGCGAAAACGAUUCUCUAUAAUCCUUAUCGCUUGGCCAUUUGUACUCCGUAACUACAAUCGGAUUAAAUCGCCACUGAUCGCGUGCGCUCGGAAUUUCUUUAAAUAAGGACAGAUAAAAUGUUCUCCUUAUUAAAAAGCUACUAUUUUCUUCUCACUCUAUUGUAUGUCGAAUUUCUACUUAUCUCUGUCUACUUUCAUGGAGUAGGUCACGUAAGGACAAUUAAGUUAAAAUGGAUCUUCCAAUUCCAAUUAACAGAGCCCCAAAAACCAGCCCUGUGCAGUGGCAAGUGCUGGUCGAGUAUUUGAUGAAUUACCCAGAAAUGCUUACCAAGGCAUUUUCUGGGGUAAAUGGCCGGCAGCACUAUAAGAAAAUGUGGAGUGAAGCAGCCACCCAACUAAAUAGUAUGGGUUAUGGGUCUAAAACCCCAGAUAAGUGGAUAGAGGCAUUUUCCAAAUGGAAAAGCAAAGUUAAAGUAAAGGCUCAAACCAUAAAAUUGGCCAUGAACAGGACAGGUGGAGGAGGUCCAGUACCUCAACUGACUCCCAUCGAAGAAAAGUUAAUGGGUUUAAUUGGAUGGUCAGCUGUAGAAGGAGAUGCUACAGAGGAGUUAGGAUUAGUGACCCAAGAAAGCAUGGAAAAAAAAGGUAAUACUAGAAAAGCCUCGGGAACAGCAAUUGCAAGUACAUCUACCACAGCACCACAAUCCACACAGGUUAACGAAAAUAUAGAAGCUCAGAUAUCUGAACUACCUCCUUUGGUAGCAAUUGGCAGUGAAGAAACUCACUCACAGAAAAAUUGUAUAAAACGAAAGUUUAUAGGAAAGAUAAAUAAACAAAAUAAAAUUAGCAAAAUAGCUAUGAAGAAUGAUAAUAAAACACUCUUAAUGAUGCAUGAGGAGACUCUAAAAGUACUAAAGGAAAUUAAUGAAAAUCUUGCAAUAAUGGCAAAAAAUUCUGGGAAUUCAAAAUGCUGCUGUAAAUGCCAAUCUAAUUAAAUACAGCAUUUUGAUUUUAUUUAUGAUAAUAUGUAUAUUUAAUAAUCCAUUUACUUUAAGUUACACUGUAUAAAUAUAUAUGUAUUUAAGUUCCUUUUAUAAACAUGAGUUCCUAUUUUUGUUAAGAAUUAAUAUUUUUGUUGUGGAUAUAAAUUAUUAGAUGUUCACCUGGAUGAUCCUUAUUUAAUAAAAGUGUUUUUAAUAUUA